AUGGAGUGGCUGGAGCGGAUGCCCGCCGGCAAUCCGGGAGCAUCGUCGUCGUCUGUUCGUGGAUUGCCUGACAAUCCUGCUCAAGGCCGGCGUCCUGUUCCCAAUUCCGCAGCCACCUCCAACGGUCUUCCCCCGCCGCCGCCGCCGCCCCCGAUUCCCAAUCUUCGAAAUACGUCCUCCAACGCGGCCUUGUCGGCGUCCGGUCUCAUCACUAGUGCGGCUCAGGUUAUCGGCUUGGCUCGAGAAGCUAUGCUGACGGCCCUUGAGAGUGAGGGCCAGGCUGCUGAGGCUGGUGCUGUCAGCACUGCAUUAAGGGCUGGCGUCACCGUGGAUCUGAGUCGAAAAGGCAUCCAAAAACUGCCCGAGGAAGUGAUAGAUAUUGUCAAGGGUCAACUAGAACGAGGCAAUUUGAUCAAGGAGUUCCCCAUUGCGCUAUGUGACUUGACGUCGCUCGAAAUUCUCGACCUCGGACGGAACCAGCUUCGAAUGCUGCCGCAAGACAUUGCAAGAUUAUCCUCACUCAAGGUCUUGUCUGUGCCCAAAAAUCAAAUCCGCGAAUUGCCACUGUGUCUCGCCGACAUGGCAUCCCUUCAAGUGCUCAAAUUUGAAGGCAACCCGAUCAGCUUCCCGCCCAAGGAUGCCAUUCAACCGCAAGCAGGGAGUCCGCCGCAUGAUGGCGUAGUAAGAGAGACAGAAGUCACCGAGGUCGCUGUAACGGCCACGAUCAAGAAGUUUCUUCGCCAUUAUGCCAUGACGGGACGGAUGGAAGGUGACGCAACUGGCGACGAGUCUAGUGAAGGUGGCAUAGAUGCACCUCGGUUUCAUCUGAGGCGAGCCGCGAGCGGCCGAUUUCCCAUCAAGGUCAAUGGCGCUGACGUGCCUGAUCUGCGAUCUCCCAACGGCUUAUCCCGACCGCCCCCAAUCCCGACAAGGUCCCAUUACCGUGGCUUGUCGCAACAGAGCACUGCGAUUCGCCGGCCGGGCGUCAUGCCCUUGACCAUUGGCAACGUGAGUGAGAGGCUUCGCAGCAACUCCGAGACAUUGUUGCGAUCUGAUCGAGGACCGGAUGGCCGCAGUCGGCGCAUGGGAAUCGUAUCCAGAAAGCCAUCCGAGCUGGGCACUCUGGACGAGACACAAGCGAAUAACCGCUUUAGCCACUACCGUGGCCUGAGCCACGGUUCGGCCAUGCAAGGAGCACCUCAAGGUGUCAAGAGUCCGGCGACGCCCAAUGACCCGUACCUCCAGCGCCCCGUCUACGUUCGCCGAUUGUCUGUGCUUCCCGAACGUCGACGGGAAUCCAAGACAUUUGACCCUGUCAUUGAAGCAGCCAAGGGAGUUCUCUAUUCCGUCUUUCAGAUUCAUCCCAUGAUACAGAUGCUCAUGACCUUGACGAGUGAUGGAUCAGCAAAACGGUCAAGUCUAGAGAUUGUCUUUUACAACACCAACUCGCACGUUGAGGAGCUCGAACAAGAGAUCCAGAGGCACGACAUGACGCUGCUAGAAAUUGACCAAUACUCUGCCAUAGAUAAUGAAAACGUGCACCGCGCUUGCCAUACACUCGUCAGCGCCUACGGCCACGUUUGCACCCUCUUGGCGGAGAACAUUGAUACCUUUGUCAACAACGGAGACGCGCGAUAUAUCCGCACGCUCUUGAUGUUACUCUACAAUAGUAUCAUGGAGCUUCGCGUCACUUUGACCACUGUCGGUGCCUCGCGGCCAGCGUGUCAAUCGACGAAUCGCAGCAUGCCGGACGCCAGCGAGACGAUAAAACCAUUUCAACGGGAACCUUUUGCAACCCCGACGGCAGACAGGGUUGGACUGUUACGCAAUCGUAACGGGACCGUCGUCCAUAAUCCUGCCAACCUACGCGUUGCCACAGAUCUCCCAAUGCACUACGCCGCCAAUGGCUCGACCCGGACCGCAAAACUCGCCUCGGCCACGCCACGGUCUGGCGGGUCCUCUUCUUCUGCAGGAAGCCGAGAUCUCACGAAUGAUUACGCGGGAGACGAUGCACAGUUUGAGAAGGUCUUUGUGUCGCUGCAGAGGUCUACCGACAUAGUUCUGCGCAUCCUGCCAAGCUUCCACAGCCAGCUGCAAGGCAAGUUGAGAGCGGCCAUGCAGCAACGCGCCCCGAUGGCGCUUGUCCAGGACUGGAAACAUUUGGUUGGCAUGUGUGGCUAUACCAUACAGCAGACAGAAAUCCUCCGGAACAGACUGUCUCUGAUGAAGCUCAAUGACCCCAGCGUCCGCUCCCACCCCGGGUUUUGGAGCCUGUGCAACAACUUUGUCAACUCUUGGAUGUCCUUCAUCAAGAAGACCAAAGGCUCCAUGGACAGCAUUCCGAUGCCUCCCGACACAAGAAUGCGAUUGCGGCCUAUCCAGCAAGGCAUGAAGGAGUUUGGCAGCAUAAUCGUACAAUCACCCUGGCACCAUCUGAUGCGAUCCUCCGCGCCUAAUGGAAGCUUGGGCGGCGCCUUUGCUCAGGGUGCGUCGCCGACAACCCAGGCCCCGAUUACGCCGCAAAGCGCCGCACUUGGACCUGCGCUGCAGGCCACCGUUUCCACCACACCGCAUAGUGCCUCGUUUGCCGCCGCAUUCCAGGGCAACGUCUUUGAUCGCGCGGAUGCGCUCAUGGCAAAUCCUGGAAUUUCCAUGUCUCGCAGCGGCACCAUGACGCGCGGUCAUUCUGGGUUCAACUCCCUCUCGUCCAUUUCGUCAAUGUCUUCGGACGGAAUCUCGUCAGUUUCAACGCCCUUUAGCCCACCGAACGGAGGCUUGGGGCUCUCACGACUAAACGGUGGGAGGCUGGCUCUGUGA